AUGUCGAUCCAAACCGAGUCCGACGAACCUUCUACGCCCGCCCGAAAACCGGCGGCUUCCCCCGCUGACGAUGAACCUAAAGAUGUCACCUCCACCCCAGAUCCUUCAGGAGCCACCGGCGCUGCUGCUCCCGGCACGCCGAAAAGUGCUCCUGCUGCUGGAGCCCGCCAACGCACCUACACCAAGACCGACGGGCCGCCGCCACCCACACUACUUGUUGACUUCCUCAGAGGACGACCCUCGCCUGCCCGCAUAGCUGCUCAGAGGCAGCGGAGGAUGACCAUGGACGCUGUUAAGGCGGAGAUUAAACAAGAGAUGCGCCAGAGUUCGGUCCGUAAGCUCCAACAGCCUGGAGGUGUGCGCGACCGGGUCAAAGCAUGGCAGAAGGCGAAUGCGGCGGCCAUGGCGGCUGGGGAUCCGAUGGCCACACCAAGUGAGCCGACAGAAAUUGCCUUUGCGGGUGAUGACAAGAGUGUUACCGAAGAGGACCGUAUACGGAUCAAGAUGAGGAAGAAAAAGGCCAGCACGCCAAAAGUGGUCGUCCAGCAAGAAAAACGAGAACAAGAACAGCCACAACAACCUGCCGAGUCAGCAUCAAAAUUAUCAACCUCGGAGGAGACGAAGCCCGAGAGCAUAGGAGCUGCCGCCACUCCCAAGAAGAAGACGCCUCCCAAAAAGAGGGUGGUAAGCGAUGACCACUGGAUGAAUAACAAGAAGGAGGGGAAAACGAGGCGCAGCCCCCCUCGAGGUCCGAGAAAGCCCCCCGAGUCGAAACCUAUGCCAAUUCCAAAGGACUUUUUACUGCGGACGGCCCGGAAUCCGCCUGCCUCCCAAAAGGUGAAGGAGUGGGCGAAGACCGUGGAGAACGUCCCGCCUGCCGAUGGCCCUGGUGGAAGGAAGUACCACGUUGACGAGAUGACCGAAUUCUCUCGCUCGGUGGAUUCGUUAGUUCCUUCCGAACUGAGUGCCCACUCGGAAAAAGCCCCAUCAACGCCCCGCCGAUCUCGUACCCCGGCUGCCAAAUCUGAGCGCUCGUUAGAUGAUGACGGAAUUAGAGUGACACCGAUGAGGGAAAGCAGCAAGAAGAAGAGGAAACCGCCAAAGCAGCCGGAGAAGGAGUCUUCCGUUCCAGCGCCAACCACGACGACAAAGUCCCAGCUUGAUGAUGAUGGCAUUAGAGUGACACCGAUAGAGGAUAGCGGCAAGAAGAAGAAGAAACCACCAAAGGAACCGGAGAAUGGGUCAUCUAUUUCAGCGCCAACAACAACGACAAGGUCCCAGCUUGAGGAUGAUGGCAUUCGGGUGCGCCCCAUACCUGAUUCAGUCGACGUCGACGCAGAGCGCAAAAAGAGCAACAGGAAAUCCUCAAGGAGUGCCCCAAGUAUAGCACCCUCACUCUCGCUCCGGGAUAAGUCGCCAUAUGAUUUUAUUGACCACGAUAAAAUGGGCUCGGAGGUUAGCAAAGUCACGGCGAAAACUGUCGACGAGCCCGCGACUCCGACUCGACGCAAAGUGUCGAGAUCUAAACCAAAGCUGGCUCAAAAGAAGCGAAAUUCUGCACCAACUGAAAUUACCCAAACGACGCAGACUUCAAAGAGCACAGAAGUAACAGAAGCUACAGAAGCUACCGAGUCAACAGAAACCGAACUAGGGCCCGAGAUGGCAGGGGCUAGGUCCCCUGGAGCUACUUCCAAUGGGUCCUCCGGAGAGCUGGGAGAGCAGCCCUCUAUCAUCGAGUCGAGCGCACCCACGAUGCUCGAUAUCCCUGUUGGCAAGUCUGCCUUUAGCGAGCUGGACCUACCUCUCGGCGCAGAUGCGCGAAACAGCAGCAGGAGGCAGAAGCCGCAGAGAAAUCCUAGUCUCAGCGUGCCCAAAGUAUUCAAGAGAGUCGUGAGCGAGGGAAAGAAGAUCAUGAAUCCUGAACCGCCAAGGCCAGCCGGUGUAAACAAGCCGCCCAGCAUCGAAACCUGGCUCACAAAUACAGUCGAUCCGUUUGUUGACGCUCCUGCGAAUGUACCAGAUGUUAACCCUAUCAAGAGGAGAAAGUCUGUUGAGAAGAAAUGGGCUGCGGAGAACCAGGCGAGGACCCGCGAGCCUGAUGAAAUGACGCCGAAGACAACCCCGAAGAAGACAUCUCCUCGUCCGGCGGCACCGGCGCCGGCACCACCACCGCCCGAGGAGAAUGAGGAGAAUGUUACUCCUAAAGCUGUCCAUGAAGAAAAGAAGAAGCCCGUCGAGACGCCGACGAAAACGCAGACCAAAACGCCGCCUUCUACGGGGCUUAAGCGAAAGGGGGCAACGAGAGGCACCGCAUCACCACUGAAGGCAGGGUUAAAGAAGCACCUUCGCGAUGCCCUCAAAGAUGCGUUCAAGGGGCAGUCCAGCAACCAGAUCUUUACGCAGACCAGUUACGAGAGUCGCGAGGAAAGGGUCUACGGGGCUAUAGACUCGGAAGUAUCUUUUGAGGAAGAGUGCCGAGAUCCACACUGUCACUGCCGACGGCGCUCGGCAGGAUCCGGAUCACAAAGGCGAUCGCUGUCCCCCGACUCAUUUGACAGUAGAGACCUUGAGGAUGAUAGGACGACGACGACUUCUUCUCUGCCCGAGCCAAGGAGGAGGCCGCCUACAAAUGGCUUCCACGAACUCUCUACUAUAGUCUCGGAGGAAACGUGUUCGUCUCGUGAUAAUGAGACGAUGUCGACGGUGUCGCAGACUACUGUCACGCAGACGACCCUUACCAAGGAGUCGGAGCUGUCGAGGCGGUCAAGUCAGAGACCCGGUUUGAAGCGGAGGCUUACGAAGCACUCUGAUUUAGUAUCGGUGCUCUCAGCACCGGAUGAUGCAAGCGUUCCUCAAGGCAUUAGAAAUGCAAGAUCCCGGCCGAGCGUGAGACGGACCCGGAGCAAGCGCAGCGCCGUCACGACGAACGAUCUGCUCCGAGAGUUUGCCGAUGACGAGAACCUUUACAAUCGGGAGCUCAAGACCCUCGUAGAUGGCGUCAUCCCCGUGCUGCUAAACGCCGUCAUUGGUGAAUCGGCGGACCUGACAACUGUUUUUGGCCCAUCUGCCCCAGGUCGCAAAGUCGAUGCCAUGUCCAAGGCUGUUGUGAGCAUGGGCAUCUCCCUGGAGAAGCUGAGGAACGCCCAUAGAAGGGCUCCGUUAAGUGACGUGCACAGACUCGUUACUUGGCUGGAGGGCGUGAUCCCAAUUUACAAUGGUUAUCUCGAUGCAUGGAGGUUGGGGUUUGAGAAUCUCAUCGUCAAUUUGGCGCCAGCUUCAGACAUCCCGGAUGACCUGGAUUCUUUACUCAAUGCGCUACCUAGAAACGCCGAGGGCGAUAUCGUGAAUGAGGAUGGAGAACGGGUUGACGUUGCGCACCUUUUAAAGAGGCCUAUUUUCCGGAUCAGGAUGGUGACAAACUUUGUCAGGGGGAUCCAUGACAUCAUCGGCUCAGAGCAAACCGGUUUACUCGUUGCGUCUUUCGAGUCCCUGCAGGACAAAGCUCGCAAGAGACACAAAGAAGAGCGCGCUCGCGUGACGGACGAAGACGCAGCCAAUACGGACACAACCAGAACUCGAGAUCUGCGCACGUUGGCCGCCAUGGGCUAUAUCAAGGUCGACCCUAGCCUCCAGGUCAGCGCCAAGGACGUAUUUAACCUCUCUCUUAUCCAUUCGAAUGGUCAGCGCCUCAAUUGUCAAGCUGAGCUCGUGCAUCGCGAUAAUCCUGGCGCUCUGGGUCACCCUGGCGAGCUGAUGAUUCGGCAGACGGGUGAAGGCCAACGAACGUGGCUCCUAUUCCCGCCGAUGCCCAUGAGCCUGCUUUCAGCGCGCAAGUUGGAUAGUGGUCGUGAGCUCCUCGUGAUGGUGCGGGGUACGCAUAACGGCAAGGUCUGGCGUGAGCUCAUGCGCCUUACAACGGACGACGAGCGCCAGGUUGAUGAUUGGGUUGAGAUGCUGGGUACUCUUCCACUGCCGCCCCUCGAACUCGAGCCCGCUCCGCACACGCCGUCUCAAGAGGGCGGCUCACCGCGUCAGAGCGCGGUGGGAGAUGUUCCCCUCGGCGCGCAGACGUCCCUUGAGUAUCGAGCCGAAUCCCCCGAUAGGCCGUCUAUAAUAUCCGAGCCCACAACCCCAACGAGUCCUACUACACCGACAAAGGCUCCCAUGCCAAGCCGGUAUCAUACUAGUAGGCCGCCUCCACCAACUUACCAGCUCGAGGUUACUGCUCCUGACCAGCCUGCGGCCCACGAUGAGCCGUUGAUUCCUAGGGAGGAGGAGGACGACGACGAAGAGUCUGUCGCAUCGUCUCGGCACCAUCAACCUAACACGAAGCCAUUCCGCGCGGAUGGCGCUCCUCCUCCACCUAUCCACCGCAGUUUCGCAUCGCCUAAGCCCAAACCUAUGACACUCCAGCCGCCUUCGGACGCGCGGGUGAAGCGUAGAACUUCUUCACCCCUCAAGCACGAGUACCUGCCCUCGGAUGCGUCGUCUGAGGAAUCCGGAGAUUUGACAAGCGAAUCGGAAGAAGGAUCUGAGGAGGAAUCCAUGAGCGACUCGUCGGGCGAUGAUGAUAUCGAUAGCGUUGACAUACCCGACACGGAGGUCGGUGUUAGCAUCAAGCAGGGCCAUGACCGCCGCCACGACCACGACCACGAUCAUGGCCAUGACCAUGACCAUGACCAUGAUCGCUCAGAAAUGACGGAAUCCGUCCUAUCCUACGCCAGCCUCACGCCAUCAAACUCGGCAUCUCAGGCUGGCCUUCACCAAAGGAGACAACCCGUCGAGGCAGUGGAGGCAGUGGAGCCGAUUGAGUCGAACGACGCAUCCCGUUUCGUAUGUUCCGUCUCGCACUGGCAUGACAAGCGCGGCCUCUGGAAGGAUCUUUCGAGCCACCUUUGCUCAAUCCUCGUCUCGCCCGGUAUGAUGGAGGCGUUUUCGAUGAAACCGAACAGGAACCCUCUGACAGACAAGCCAUUGAUCGCCCUCGACUUGACACCCGUGGUGCUCGUCCGCAAGAGUAACGCUCUCGACCUAGAGGUGCGAACGGCCGUUCUCGGCCACAGCAAGAUAACUUCGAUUGGUGGCGGCACGUUCCGGUUCCGCAACGCGACGCAGGAGGAGUGCCUGAACCUUUAUGCGGCGGUGCACGCAGCGCGGUUGAAGAAUGAAAAGUACAUCCAACUCGAGAACGAGAUGAGGUUCAGGAGCUUUGGGGAGCGCCGCCCUGCGAAUGGGGAUGAGGAGGGCGGCCUGCGCACCAAAAGGAGCUGGUUCGGGCGUAAGAACAGCUACAGAGCGUCUGCACGGGCGCCGACAAGGUCGAUCGACGAAGCUAGCACCGCGGCGUCGUCGUCCAUGUCGGCGUCGAGCUUCCUGAAGAGGCUUGCAGGCGGAGCAAACCUCUCGUUCAACAUUGGACGGUCAUCGUUGGAGAAGCAAAACGGAGCCAUGAGCUUGUACACGUCCGGGUCGUCGUCGGCCGAAGGCAGCAUGCCGCGAUCGCCAUCCGUCAGCAUCGACGGCAGCGGCCGGGGCGAGCCCAUCAGCAACGACAACGUGCCGAUCCGGCUCCACCUACUCGUCAGCGCCAGCAGGUGGGAGGACUACGGCAACUGCCGGCUCCAGGUGCGGCGCCCACCUGAGGGCUGGCGGCAGGAAUUGCGGGCCAACCACGGGCUCGAGAAGCGCGUGACGGUGACGACGAUUCCGAAGAAGAAGGACAUGAUGGGCGGUGGCAACGGAGGGGAUGCGGCGGUGCCGCGGGUGGUACUCGACGCCGUGCUGGGAAGCGGGUGCUUUACAAUGAUGGGGACGAGGGGUAUUAUUUGCUCGGUGUGGGAGGAGAGGAGGGAUGAGUAUAUUCCGGCGACGGGCAGUCCUGGGGGGAGCGUGAAGAAGUGGUGUUUCCAGCUGGGGAGCGUGCCGCAGGCGAAUUGGCUUUUGACGUUGUUGCAUGAGGAGGUUGUGAGGGCGUAG